UCAACGACUUGUCCAGUAUAUAUAAGUCUAACCUUGGCACUUUAGUGUUUUUUUUAAAUCAAGCAGUAAUUUCAGUGUUAUUGCCUAUAAAUAACAUGUUAUAUGUACAUGUUUUUUCCCCCCCUUUGUCGGCAAUACACGCAUGACUGAUACCAACAGGCUAAAUUACACAUUAGCUGGGUUCCAUCCAACUUUUUUUAUGUGAAUUUUGACCAUUCGAAUAGGAACUCAUGAGUGGAAAAGCAAGUUCGCAUAAAAUCUUUUAAAUCGAAUACUAAAUCGAUUCGCUAAAGGGGGUGGAUUAACUCCCGAUUCGCAUAGGGUAAUGCGACUGAGGUUUUUGGAAAGUUAUUUUUUUGCGUUUGCACUGACAACCUAAUUCAAUUCCUAAUGUUUUCAUUCCACAGCUGUUCACAAUUCCUCCCUUGAUUAGGAGAGUAUCGAUGCCCGUUUUUAAUCCGCAUAACACAGGCGAUGGAAACAACCAGACUCGCAUUUUCUUUAACCAACAUUUUCGUGAAUUCGCUUAAAGUAUGCGAAUGAGUUGGUUGGACGAAGACCCAGCUAUUGAUAGCACCACAUGGAUAGGCUGUCCUAUUCAAUGCAGUUUGGAACAUCCAAAUACUUUACAUGAUAGCCACCACGUGCACAGGGUCACAUCUAAAUAUUCUAGUCAGUGGUAAUUAAAAUACUUAUUUUGCCAUUGUUUUUACGCCAAAUGUACUAUUAUUAGUAGGCCGUAGUUAUUGUCCUGUUUAACCUAGGCUGCAUCUUUUUUCUUUUCAUAGUAAAGGCCCUAGUUGCCCAUAGUUGAGGCAGCAUUUCCUGUUCAUUCACCGUUGAUCAUUGUCAACAAACACUGCCUACUGCACCUGUAAAGAAAUUGCAUGGGUUUCAGCCAACCCUACUGAUAAGUUGUGAGAGGCACAUUAAGCAUGAAUAAUUUAUCAGAUGUAGCUUAAUAUAGAUGAAGGAUGCAAAUUAUAUGGACAGGCUAUCUUUUACACACGGUACAGUUAUUAGACCUGCCAUCAUCAGUGCCAUGUUACUGAAAUUGGCCCUUACGACCAGCAAUACGACCCUGAAUACAGUAAGGGACCCGCCUGCAGGUGAAAGCUUCUGUAGAGAUAACAACGAAAAAUGUUUUGUCUUGUGUAACAUCAAAGGGACAAAUCAUUAGUUGUGCUGGUUCAAUAAACUUUGAGCUUCAGAUAGCAGUGUCGAGACCUUAUCAUAUCUCUGUACAGCACGUAAACCGUCAAACUGUAGGCUAGUCUGCAGUACAAUGUCCAAGAGCAGUAGAAGCCCAUAGCAUAGUAAAAACUUUGUAGGUCUAUAGUUCACCAGAGCAAGUUCAAUGUAUAUGACUCCAGUUUAGUCUUAUAAAUACGGACAUAACUUUUCUAAAUGUUGUGACUUGGUCGGCUGAUAUCAAUGGGGGGCUUGACUGAAUUUUGAGCUUCGGAAAAGCACAACAAAUAGCAUUCUUGAUUUGUGUCAAAUUCAUUGCGAUGACAGAAUAAACCCACUAUGAAACUGCAAAACAUUACUUUAAGGUCGUAUGCGGCACACCAUUUUACAAAUAACUGGAAUAUAAUGUAGGCCUACCAAUUACCAAGGGUAUUCAUAGCGCUGGUAUGUGUUUUGUUUACUAAAUUAACCUAUUAAAACAUGACGACAGUUGUUAUCACAUCUUGUUUCAGAUUUGACAGAACUAUUUUCAUGAAGUAAAACUAUUACUUCAGAUGUAUGUAACCUAAUUCGAAUUGUUUUUUUCAAUUCAGUUAUUCAGUUGUAGGCUACAACAUCAGGCUAUAACAGGAGCAUAAAUAAGCUAAAGAGUUAUGUUUUCAAGAGAGCCGUAAUUUCAAUGGAUUGAUUGUUUUGAUAAGGGAUAUGCCUAACAUGUAUAUAAUUCGAUUUUUUCCCCCAGCCAGUGUGUCAUGAUACAUUGGUAGGCCUUUUGUAAAAAUGUAUCAUAAAAUAGCUGCAGAGCGUUAUUUUGUCAACACCUUAACAUACUAACUCACCACACUUACAUUUUUAUUUGCUGCGCUAAAUAGAAUAACCCAAUGGUACACAGGCUUCCAAGCGGGAAGAGAGACUGUUUCAUUAGAAUGAGAUCACAAGAUUGCGUGAUGUAAAAACGUCAAUGAGUGUUAUCUUCCCCUUUGUCAUAUUCAAAUACAAAGCAGAAGGACAGUUUCAAUUUGAGUGUUGUUUUACAUGAACUGCUCUUAGUAGUGGAGUUGAAACACGGAAACAGGGAAUCACAUCUUACCAGAACAGAACUGGUAUUGAGUGGUCUGUUGUUCCUCUGUGUUGUGACAUAUAUAUAUAUAUAAAAAAACAGUCAGUACCCAUUCUAGUAAAUGAAGCAGGCAAAUCAACAGUUUGAACUGCAUUGCCCUGUUCAAAGUGCACCGUAGCCAUCUUCACAAAUUUAGACUGUAAUGCUGUGUUAGGUCUAUAGGCUAGGCUUUCAAACAUUCUUUAUUCUAUUGGGCCAUACCACAUAGAGAAUCGAUUAGUGUAAAUGUAAUCUAUUAACUUGAUGUGUGGCUCUUGAUGUUUGCCUGAUAUGUUUCAUAUGUUUCAGUGUUUACCUCUGGAAUGGGCAGGCAAGCAUGGCAGGCUUGAGCUGUAAACAGCGUGCUAAUUCAUGUGGCCUUCCAUUGAUGCUAAACCUGAUCCUGUUAAAGUGGCUUAGUGUAGGGCAUGGUGUAAUCGGAGUCACGUGUAGUCAGUGGAGUAAUCAGCUAAAACCAACUGUGAUGCAGCCUUAGCUAUGAUACCCGACCCACUCCUCCACACCUGAGACAUUCCAGCACUGCUGGACCGCUAUGGCCAGUGUAACCCUUCAUCCAAGAGAUCCAGGCAUGAGUCUGGCUCUUUACAACCAAAGGAUUUUGCAAACAUCAAACUCAUUGUCGCAAGAUGCCGAGAAGUGACACCUGGCCAGGUGGAAUUGUGCUAGACACAAUGAAAGAGAUGGACAGCGCAGGAAGUUGUGACAGUGUUGACAGCAUCAACUCUGGAUUUAGUGAUGACAGCCUGGAGCACCUCUCUGCUGAGGAGAGAGCCUGCCUCAUGUUUCUGGAGGAGACCAUCGAGGCCCUGGAGACGGAGGAGGACAGCGGACUGUCCAAUGACGAGCCAGACCAACCCCAGGGGCCAGGGAAUUUGGGCACUAGAAUGGCAAACCUCUCUGCCUCCAUGAGCCACAGCAAAGUCACUGAUGUAUCCAUUUGUCACAAGGCAGAGCCCAUGAACAAAAUCAGCAAAGGCCAUAACCAGAUCCUGAAUUAUCUGGUUCCUACCCCUUUGGUCCUGGCCAAUGGGUCGUCCAGUGUCCUUUCCAAGGUGAGAAAGGGAGGGAGUUCCCCCAAACCGACUACGGCGGCUGUGAACAGCAAGGCACACCCUACUGUCCCCUCUGAGGUGAACGUGUUGGUGAUCCCACCUCCAGUGAAAUGGAACAGCAGCCCGAUGACAGCCGGGGAACAUCCAGCCCAGCGGGAGCAGAAGUCGGAGUGCCCUUCACCGCAGGGGGUGCUGUCGUACGAGGGCCUCGUGCAGCUCCGUAAGACUACCUCCAUGAAGAGAGCCCAGGAAGCCUCCCAGACCCCAGAGACCCAGGAUAAGCAGCUCUCUAAGCCAAUUAAACAUAUUCUCCUUGAUGAUAAGAGUCCACAUGCGCAAGCUGACCAAUCCGCUGAAAGGAAGCCUAGCCCUCCUGCUGUGGCGCCAAAACCUAAAAAGUUCCCCUCAAAUAUUCCCCGACCUACGACCUCUCCACAGACCGACAAGACUGUUAUGAAUCCUCAGAAGGUGAGGAUGGAGGCCUUGUAUAAACUGGGCCUCCUGAAGGAUCCGGAAUCGUCCACAAGUCCCUCUCCGAGACAGCCGUAUCAUUCCAAAUGGGUACGCCCACAUGGGUGUCCACCUCCUCCUCCCCCUCCUCAUCGCUCAACCCCCAGCUCAGUCCCAGACCCACCCCACUUUAAACCACCCACCGUACCUGCCACAGUGGAGCCCCAAACCGGGCAGACGCACUGGACAAAUGGCGUCGUCCAUCAUCGCUCCCUGAGUGACCUCACGCCCGGUCCUAGGCAGCUGUCGGUGAAGUCUGCGACCGGAAAAUCGGCCACCCUGGAGCACUCUGGACUGGGCCUCGGCAGCUCGCUCUCCGGCCAGAACAUUUCCGUCAGCAGUUACAGGGACGCCAAAAACAACCUGCCACAGCGGGCGAACACCAACGGCGUCCUCCAAAAUGGCCAGCCCUCCUCCUCAGCACUGGACACGAGAAAACACUGGGAGUCUGGGGUCAAGGGUCAUGUGUCGAGCCAGUCAGUGGCCCACAGUAUGCUGAUGGUGCCUCGCAUGGGUGAGGACCGGCGGGAGGCCCUGAGGAAACUAGGGCUGUUAAAGGACUAGUGGACAUUCACUGCCUCCCUCCCCUCAAAAACUACAUUUCCCAGAAUUCAAAGGUUUAUGUUUGUACGUUCAAAAGGACUUCAGCCUUGUUGUUCUAAUAUCUGACAUACAAAUCACAAUUCAGUCAUGUGUUCAAUUCAGUCUGGAUGCCUCCUUCAGCAGUGUAAUAAUACUGAUAGGCUGCAGUCCUCAUACUUCUCUGAAGGUACGUUGUGAGUUUUGACAGGCCUUGUGUGACAUGGUGUUCAUGUGAGGAAUGUAUUGUGUGAAAUCUGUGUGUAAUAUUGUUUGGCUCUGGAAGAUUUCAAGGAUUAGAAAGUAAUUUCUGUCUAUUUAUCAUAUGAGUACACUUCAAUAAAGAUGCACUUAGGGUCAGGUGUGAAGUUAGCAAUACUGCAACAAUGCUUACGUACAUCUCAUACAUAACUCAACUCAAACUUGUCAUGAUUUAAUACGUACAUUUAGGUACAUUGAACCUAAAAUCUUAAUAUGAAAUGGGACAUUUUAGAUAUAGACCGUUCUGUUAUUGUGUUACUACUUGUCACAGCAUGCACAAAUUAUUUGAAAAGUCAGGCACCCAUAUGCCCUAUUAGUUACAGUCAGUGUUAUUACAGGUUAUCAAAAAAACACAGUAUUCAGUCACAAUGUCCUUUUUGCAAACACCAAGAAUGACUGUAGAGAGCUCAAAUUCCUCCGUGGUCAUUCUUACUGUCUUCAGUGCAGCAGCAAAGGUCAGCUUUUCACAGUCUUCACAAAAUAAAAUGGUUGUCGCACUUU